UAGUAGAAACAAAAGAUCGAUUAGUUCUGUUCCAGCAGCCGCUCCUUUCUGUCGUCCGUUGUUUUGUGGAUCGUUUGUGAGUGUUGCUUAAUUUUGUCUCUUAUUAGUUUUGUUCAAUUGUACAGUGUUACAAAUCCGAAAGAAUGUGCUAACGGGGUUACGCAAAUUAGCACAAGUUUGUCGAAUAUUAGCUGGCUAGCUGGCUGGUUCAAGCUAGCUUAAAAGAUGAGAUCGAUGCCUCCAAAAAACGAGGUUAUGGUAUACCGUACAGGUAUCCUUAGUAUGAAUACGAGAAUGUUAGUAAUACUCUUCAUGCUUAUAAUGCAUGUAGAGCACGCAGUGCUGGAAAAGAACCCAUCCAAAUCAUGCAAUUCACACGAAUUUCAAUGCGAAAAUGGAUCAUGCAUACCGCUCGCGGGGCAUUGCAACGAUAUUCAGGACUGUGCCGAUGGAAGCGAUGAAUCUGGAUGUGAUUAUUUCCUCUGCAAAGCGCCGUUCUGGUAUCGUUGUAAGCACGAGAGUACCUGCAUCAGUGCAUCUAGCCGGUGUGAUAAACAAAAAGACUGUCUGGGAGGAGACGACGAGGAAAACUGUGAUAACUACGAAGUACCGCACAAAGCGCCACAGUGCAGCAAGUCGGAGUUUACCUGCACGGAUAAAGCUUGCAUCCCGGCAGAUCUGGUGUGUGACGGUACGCAGCACUGUUUGGAUGGUUCCGAUGAAACGAUUGGGUGUAUCGAUAUAUCGGCGAAAUGUAAAGGAUUCCUGUGCCAUAACAAGCAUUGUCUCAAAUCCAGCAGCUGGGUAUGUGACGGUGUUGAUGACUGUGGAGAUGGAUCGGAUGAAGAGCACUGCCUGAACUCCUGCACGCUGGAGCAUGGGAAAUUCGAGUGUCACAAUAAUCACACCUGCAUCGAUGUCGCGCAGGUGUGUAACGGUGCGGACGAUUGUGGUGAUGGUAGUGACGAGAGUCCCAACUGUAAGUCUGAGGCAUGCAAGGUGCUUAAAUGUGCUCCACAAACUUGCAAAGUGAUGCCGGACGGUAAGGCGGUAUGUUUGUGUGGAGUUGGCUUUCAGUUCGAUAGCACCACUGGGAAGUGUCAGGAUGUGAACGAAUGCGAACGAUACGGGCUAUGUUCGCAGGGAUGUAUCAAUACACCCGGGUCCUUCCGGUGUACGUGUAUUGAGAAGUUUGAGCUAAUGCGCGAUGGUCGAACGUGUGAGCUGUCGUCCGGUACUGAGGCGUUGAUGCUGUACACCACCCAGAAAGCCGUUGGCGCAAUGUACCUUACGUCCAUGCAUCAGUAUUACGUUGCGAAGGAUCUGUCGCAGGUAAUUGGUGUAUCGUACGACGGCAGUCACGUCUAUUGGACCGAUAUAUCGCAUAAAACGGAAUCGAUCGAGCGCUCGCUGGAGGAUGGCAGUGAUCGGCAACAGUUACUUACGGCGGGACUUAUUUCACCAGAAGAUUUAGUACUAGAUUGGCUCACAGGUAACAUCUACUUUAGUGACAGUGGUCAAAUGCAUAUUGCCGUCUGUUCGAGCGAUGGUUACCACUGCAAGGCAAUCAUACAGGAUCAGCUCCACAAACCUCGAGGACUAGCAUUACUGCCCCAAAACGGUACCAUAUUCUUCAGCGAUUGGGGAAACAAUGCGAUGAUCGGCAAGGCACGGAUGGAUGGUAGCGAACAGACGGUAGUGGUCGGUACCGGCAUUCACUGGCCGAAUGGAUUAACGCUCGACUGGCCAAACGAUCGGUUGUAUUGGAUCGAUGCGAAGCUGAAACGGAUCGAAAGCAUGCACUUUGACGGAACCGAUCGUGUGGUGGUACUGUCCGAUGUCCUAAAGCAUCCAUUCUCGAUUGCCGUGUUUAACGAUCGCUUGUAUUGGUCCGACUGGGACACAAAAAGUAUACAAUCGUGUGAUAAAUUUACCGGCAAGAUGCGCCAAACACUCGUGCGCGAUCGUAUGAUAUUCGAUGUUCACGUAUAUCACUCCAGCAUACAGCCGAAGGUGAAGCAUGCGUGCCUGAAUCAUACCUGCUCACAUCUCUGCCUGCUAACGUCUAAUGCCACCUACGCCUGUGCCUGUCCGCAAGGGAUGGAGUUGCAUCGCGAUAAGCAUAGCUGCGUGAAUGUGGCCAAACGGCAAGAUAUUUUACUGGGCAUCGGUAACUAUCUCGUCACGUUGAAACAUCAUCCGUUCGGGCGCCAUGAAACGGGGCGAGGCGAACAGCUGAUCCCUACUAUCAGCAGGAUGGCAUUCAACAGUCUUAACGGUGAGGUGUUUAUCGCGGACAACAACCGGAAAGCCAUCUACACGGUGGAGCUUGAGUCACUCCGCACCAAGCGUAUCGUUUCGGACGGCAUCGGAAUGAUCUCAGCACUGGCUUUCGACUACCUAAGCAACACGCUGUACUGGUCGGAUGCGAAAUGGUCCACUAUUGUGAUAUAUAGUUUGCAGACUCAACAUCGAUCUAUCAUUCAGCACUACCUAGGUGACGAUGCGCCGGUGGCGCUCGCACUCAUACCGGAGAUUGGCAAAAUGUUUAUCGCGCUGCGCUCAUCCAGCGGACAUACGCACAUCGACCGGCAGGAUAUGACGGGACGCGGACCGCACACGCAUGUGAUCGAGGACAAGCUUGGUAGCAAUGGUACGAUCAGCUUUGCGGUGGAUCAUGAUCUGCGUGCCAUCUUCUGGAGCGACAUGGGUACGAACCGGAUCGAAAUUACCAGCUACGAGGGUGAUACACGGCAUCUGUUUCGUGAGUAUCUGCGUCAACCGGUAUCGCUGGCAAUUAUUGGCAACGAGCUGUUCUGGACGUGCUACGGUUCGCAGCGAUUGUACUGGUCGGAUAAGCAUAAUGUCGGUGCGACGAAGCGUAUUAUCGUCCAGCAGCCACCAAACAUGACUCUCCCGGAGAUGAUACCGAUCGCUGCAACACAACCAACGAAACGACACGAUCACCCGUGCAUGAAGAGUAAUGGCGGCUGUUCGCAUAUCUGCGUCGCCGGCGGUCUGUACACAGGUGCGUGCGUAUGUCCCACAGGCAUGGUGUUUAAUUCCUCCCUCAACAAAGUAUGCAUCGAUGCAGCUGAUUGCGAAUUUCGGUGCGAAUCGGGUGAAUGUUUGAAGCUGAAGAUGCGCUGCAAUGGCCAUAUCGACUGUAAGGAUCAAUCCGACGAGCAGAACUGUGAUCCGGGCAAGGCGCGUAUUUCGGCGAGCUGCAAGUGGAACGAAUUCCGCUGCACGGACGGUAGUAAAUGCAUCCCGACGAGAAAGCGCUGUGACAAGCGGCACGAUUGUGGCGAUUUGUCGGAUGAAGCGAACUGCGACGGUUAUGAGCGGUACACGAAAUGUAGCGAGUAUCAGUUUACUUGUGCGAAUGGUUUGUGUAUCGACGCCACUGGUCGGUGUGAUGGCGCACUGGACUGUGUGGAUGGUUCGGACGAAGUAGGCUGUACGCAGUUGUCGAACAAACAUGAUGAAGCAGUCACCUGUUCGUCGGUUAUGUUCCGUUGCAACAAUGGGCAGUGUAUACCGGCAAGCUGGGAGUGUGACGGAAGUCCAGAUUGUCACGAUGCUUCCGAUGAGCAUGAAACCUGUCAUCCUACCGGGAAGGAGUGCCCAACAGGCUAUUUCCGGUGUGCGCUUGGUUUUUGCAUCAAGCAGUCAGUAUUGUGCGAUGGUAACGAUGACUGUGGAGAUGGUUCAGAUGAGGAGAACUGCCAUGUUGACGGUACACGGGAUGGACAGUGCAAGGAAGAGGACUACACAAACUCUACGGUGUUUCAUUGCAGUAAGUCGAACACCUGUCUGGAUAUCGCCGUACGUUGCAAUGGGUCUGCCGAGUGUCCUCAUGGUGAGGAUGAAGCAGGUUGUUCAAACUGUGGCAUACGUGAUUUCCAGUGCAAUGAUGGCCAAUGCAUCCGUUUGGAGUGGCGCUGCGAUAAGGACAUUGACUGUAACGAUGGUUCGGACGAGGUGAACUGUACAAGCAGUAUGCGAACGCCCGACAGCUUACAUACGACCGGUUGCAGUAAGGAUUCGUUCGAGUGUAAAGCAGGGGAGUGCAUUAAAAUGGCUUUACUGUGUGACGGUAAGCGGGAUUGUUCGAAUGGACACGAUGAGGAAGGUAACUGUCCUUCCGCUUGUCUUGGUGGAUUGGGGCCAUGCGCACAAAUAUGUCAGAAAUCACCGAGCGGUUCCAUCUGCGACUGUUUGGAUGGAUACCGGUUGGCGGGAGAUAAAAAAAAUUGCGUAGAAGUGAACGAAUGUGAAACGGGUGAACCGUGCGGUCAGAUCUGUACCAACAUCAAGGGUUCCUACCGAUGCUCCUGUCACGAAGGAUUUAUGCUCCGACCGGACAAAACGUCUUGCAAAGCGAUCGGUAAGCCACAGUACGUCCUGUACACGAAGUAUGAUCAAGUGCGGAAGCUUACCGUGAAUCCACCGCAAAUCGAAACGUUACUGCAGGCGAACGAUAGUCGCAUCACCACGAUGGAUAUGGACAUUCGGCAGGAGAAGCUUUACUUUGCGACGGAGAACAGUGGCGCACUGUACGAGCUAAAUCUGAAGACGAACGCCACGAAUGUGCUGACGAGUGUUGGCCAGCCGGACAAAAUAACCGUCGACUGGAUAGCAGCGAACGUGUACUUCGUCGAUAUUGGCGAACCAUCGAUCAAAGUGUGCAACUUCGGGCGUGAAGCUUGCGCCCGUAUUAUAUCCUUUACGCAGCGCAACUUCGUGAAGGCACUCGCAAUCGAUCCGGUAAACAAGUACAUGUUUUACUCGCUGCUGUACUCCUGGAUCUUUCAGGUGCCGCAUUCAAUCGUAUUUCGUGCCAAGCUUGAUGGUACGCUACAGGAAGUCGUUACCAAACAGCCGGGUUUAAUUUCCGCAGUCGCUGUAGAUCCGCAGAGCCAGCUGCUUUACUACACCGAGCUUAGCGGUAACAGGCUGUGCCGUGUCAACUACUAUGGACUGCAUCAAAAAGUGCUCGUCAGUGAUCAACCGCAGAGUAUAAACCAUCCGCUGCAGAUAAGUGUUUUUGAAAAUCAUGCACUUAUUAUCAAUCGGGCAUCAGCAACAGUGGGGCAGUGUCAACUAUUUGCCGGAUAUAAGUGUGAUCGUUUCAACGUGAAUGUACCACCAUCCAAACAAGUACUGCUGGUUCAGGAAUCUCGGCAACCGAUGGUGCAGAAUGUGUGCGAUAGGAAAUUGAUCAACUGUACCCAUCUAUGCAUACCGAAGGAUGCUAAGGGUCGGUGCGUUUGCGAAAAUGGACUCGAAAUACGCGAAGGAGAUAGAUGCCCCGAGCUUAAGGAUAAAAGUCGAGCGAUGAAACCAUACCGCCUGACACCGCCAGAGCACUCCAAGACAGCAAGCGAAAGUACACACGGGGAUGAAGAGAACAGCUUCAUGAGUAGUUUACUACAUUUUAUCUUAUACGCCUUACUAAUAGUGGCAGUAUGUGGUAUAGGGUUUUAUGUUUACUGGCAGCGUUUCAGCAAUAAGUUCGAUAUUGGUAUACAUUUCAAUAACACAGAGCUAAGCACGAUGGACAUUUCGGAAGUUGAACUAUACAAGACUGGAUCCAAUAUACUUACCUUCCACGCGAAUCCGUCGAGUAGUAACGAUGUCGAUGGUGACGCAGGUUGCCAGGAAGGAUACGAAAACGAUACUUAUACACAGAACAGUACCAUCAGUGCCUCUGAUGUUGCAUAUUACAAUUGUGAUGAUGAUUUGAAUGAACGAUUGAUAGUGUAAAAAAAAACUGGCGCGAACAAAGGUUGUUUUAACCUUUCGAAAGCUUAAGUUGAAGUUAGCUUCGACAACACAAACAGUAAUAAAUAUUGAAUUUAUUUGAUUAGAGAA